AUGGAACAGUGUCCGGACAACAUGCUCGCCCUCAACGGUGAAUCGCUGAAGAUACUGGGUAGCGUCCUGCUGAACCUCCGUCGACUCGACGGACCUGUGCACUUGGACCUACUGACUGCCGUAUCUGUGCUGGUUGUCCCAGACUUGAGUGUCCUGAACACCGACAUGGUCGUCGGCAACGAUGUAGUGACCCGCGCUGGAGGUAUGCACCUGCAAUACGCUGACGGCUGUCUGUCGUCCGUCUCAUUUGGCUGUGCCGCUGUGUCUGCUGCUGUUAGUGCUGCCACUGAUGUGCCACCUAAGCCUGCUGACAGUACUGCUCGCACCUCCAAGCUGUCCCGCCACGUCACGGUCAACCACUCUGGUGACGAUGUCACACUAAGUGUUGAUGAUGGCGAGGUGCACUGGAAUGCAGCCGCCGGCUACUGGAGCAUGAAGUGGCACUGGAGGGACAACAUGCCACCUGCUGAACCAAUUGGGUCAGGGAUUGGCGAAUAUCCCCGCGCCAAACUCACCGCCGAUCAGGAGCUGCAGUUCAAUGCUGAAGUAGAUGCCUGGAUCCAGCAAGGCUGGCUGGUACCACACGAUGCGGAUGUUCACGGACCACCGGGCGCCAUCCUCCCGUUGAUUGCGAAGUGCCAAGAGCACAAGGCCUCAACACCGGUUCGCCCUGUACUGGACUACCGUGGGCUGAACCAGCUCAUCCGCAACCACCCUGGGUGCAACACCCCUGUGUGCGGUGAGAAGCUACGCAGCUGGCGACAGGCUGGUGACAAUUUCCACAUCCUGGAUAUACGGAAGGCGUACCUGCAGGUCCGUCUUGAUCCGUCGCUGGCGAGGUUCCAGACCGUCAUUUACAAGGGCAAGCCGUACGUCAUGAUGCGCAUGGGCUUCGGCCUUGGGAUUGCGCCAAAGCUGAUGAGCCUGAUCGUACAGUACGUCACUGGCCCCUACCCUACUGUAGACAGCUAUGUUGACGACUUGUUCGUGCCUGAUGAUCUCGUCACAACGGUGGAAGACGAGAUGGUGAAGUUUGGCCUACCCACCAAACCUGCUGAAUGCUUGCGAUCAGCCCGCGUCCUUGGUCUCCAGCUUCACAGCUCGAACGACGUCCUGCAGUGGCGACGACGCACAGAUGUCGACCUCUGCUGCCCAGCGAGCCCAACGAAGCGUGAUGUGUUCCGCUGGUGUGGUCGCCUGCUUGGCCACAAUCCUGUGUGCUCCUGGCUCAGGCCAUACACUAGCUACCUGAAGAGAUUGGCUGACUCGCUCACUCCUGGAGGCUGGGACGCCAAGGUACCACCAGAAGUAGUAAGCCUCUGCCAAGAGCUGUCUGGUCGCGUUGAAGGAGAAGAUCCGGUACACGGUGCCUGGUCCGCUCCACCUGCCGCACAAUGGUCAGUAUGGUGCGACGCAUCCAACAUUGCCACCGGAAUUGUGGUGCAAUGCGGUGCAGAUGUUAUCGAGGAUGCGUGCUGGCUGCGUCCGAAGGAUGAUCGUACACACAUCAAUGUCGCCGAACUUGAUUCGGUGAUGAGUGGCCUUCAGCGUGCUACCGCCUACGGCCUCACAAGUGUGCGCCUCCUGACCGACUCCAAGACCGUGCAUGGUUGGCUGUAUAACCUGCUGCAUGACAUCCGCCGUGUCAAGACCAGCGGUCUGUAUGAUGUGCUCGUCCAACGCCGCUUGCAAGCUAUUGACGAGCUUGUCCGCCUCACCGGCCUGUCUGUCGUGGUCGAAUGGGUGCCCUCUGAACGCAACUUGGCUGAUCGGCUGACAAGAGUACCCACUCCAUGGUUGAAGCUCUGCCGUGCCAAGUCUGAGAUGUGUGCUGUCGCUGGUGAUACCACUAACCCCGCCGUGGCCCCGCCCAUGGCUGUUGCCACUAUCCGCGCAGCGCAGCAGAAUGAUGGACCGAUUCUGGCUGCCAUUCACGAGGUAUCCAAUGGGCUUCCUGUGUCGGCUGCAUGCUACCGGAGAGUUGCUGCUCAGCUGGUCGUGAAGGCUGGCCUGCUUCGCCGAAGCGUGAAAUUGCCCGAUGGUGACAUCGCUGAAGUGCCGGUGGUUCCCGAAUCACUGACUGAUGAGCUACUGGACAGGGCGCACAACAACACUGGGCAUGGCGCAUGGGAGUCCAUGUAUCGCACUCUCCGCCGACACUGCUAUUUUCCGAGAAUGGCUGAACGCUGCCAAGAAAUCGUAAGCUGCUGUGCGCAGUGCUGCUGUGCUAACCCUCGCCGUGGUCAGAUUCCUCCUCCGACUCGCACUGUACUGCCGGACCGACCCUGGAGUGUCAUCCAGCUGGACACCCUGGAACUUGGCGCAAGUAAAUCUGGUGAGUUCCAUUCCGUUCUGGUCUGCAUCGACAUGUUCUCGAAAUGGGUGGAAGUGGCUCCGCUACGCCGUCACGAUGCGCAAUCCGUGGCUGAUGCAUUCGUGCAGAUUUGCACUCGCUGGGGGCCCCCUGAUAUGGUCCGUCUCGACAAUGGCACUGAGUUCAUCAACGCUAUCGUCCGCUCUGUGUUUGCUAUGUUUGGAGUCACCAUCCAAACUGGAGCAGUACGCCAUCCCCAAUCGCAGGGCUGUGUUGAACGAUUCAACAGGACACUGCUGCCUCUGAUGAGGAAGGUCCUAUCCGAAUCGUCUGACUGGAAUGCUGAUCUGAACACACUGCUGUACUUCUAUCGUAACCGACCUCAUUCCGCAACCAAGAUUUCGCCGAUGGAAGCCAUCUGUGGUUGGACACCCCACCAGUUGAUCGCUGAUCCAGAUCGGACUGUGGAUGAUGGCAGCAACUGGUCUCGGGAUCACCCUGCUCGGUGUGCUCGACUGCGCGACCUCGUGGAAUCCGAGUUAUCCGACGCUGAUCGCAUCCAAGAGGAGACUGUGCCUGUCUAUCACACUGGUGAUCACGUUCUUCUCCGCCGUCCUGACCGUCACCAGAAGCGUCUACCGAUGUAUGAACCUGGUUGGCAAGUCAUUCGUGUUCUGUCCCCCUCGACUGUGGUGAUUCGACGGUGUGAACCUGUACGUGGUCGCAAUGCUGAGAAAGUAGUGAAUGUCGACCUGAUCAAGCUCGACCCUCACCCCGUUGCCGCAGAUGCAGAUGUUGACUCUGCUGAUGAUCGUGAUGACAUCCCUGCUAUCAUCCAAAUCGACAUGGAUCCGCAGCUUGACCAAGCCUACGGACUUCGUCGCCGGGCUGCAAUCCGUCCUCCUCAGCGGUUCCGUGACUAA